AUGGACCACUCCUAUAGUGGUUCCGGGCGAAAGCCCCCUCACAUAACAGUCAAUUCGGGCAGUGGUGCAGAUAUGUUGGAUUCAUCUACUACUUCCCCUGCUACUGCAGGAACUCCUGGUCAAUCGAGACAGUUAAUUCCGCCGCCGCGACCACCGGCUACCGGUUCGCAACAGUCACUAAUGACUACUCCUCAAAUGUAUGGCUCACCCGAUGUAUCUCAGUCAAAUGAAAUGCUACUUCCUCCUGCGAGAUCGCGGACUACAGCGAACAAUCAAUCGUCAUCGUACUCCGAUUACCCUUUACCUUCUCCCUCGGUAUCGGGUUUCUCAUCACGAAGAACAAGUUGGAGCUCAGAAGCGGGAAGUCGAGACAGCCGAGCGGGACCAUUUGGCUCACCUUUUGAUGACUCGAGAGCUUCUUCGAGAGCAGGCGACAGUGACGAUGAGAAUAUCAAUACACAAACCGUCUCCGAAAAAUAUAAUAUCAUGCCAUCCGCAGGAUUGUUACUUUUUCCAGAGGAUGUCGAGAAAGAUGAUUACCUUCACAACCCGGACCCAAGUGAUAAGGAUUUAGAUAAGUGCGAUAUAUGGAACAGGAGAGGUCUUACAAAUGUGGGAGGCUUAAUUUUCAUCGUCUUGGGCGUCCUGGCUUUGUUUGUAGCAUAUCCAGUGGUUACAUUUGUCAAAGACAAAAUAGAUCCGACUCAUGGAGCCUGCGCAGCAGCAAUAGAUUGUUUAUCCAUCAAAAUUCCCCUUCUGAAGAAUGUGAGGACGGGUCUCAUCGAUCCGGAUACCCCAGACUCCGUCAAAUCUAAAACUGCUCAAGACGGUACGAAGUUGAAGCUGGUGUUUUCUGAUGAGUUCAAUACCGACGGUCGAACUUUCUAUGAUGGUGAUGAUCCAUUUUUCCAAGCUGUGGAUAUCUGGUAUGGUGCCACUCAGGAUUUAGAAUGGUAUGAUCCAGAUGCUGUGACGACUGGAAACGGUACUCUGAACAUAAAAUUCGAUGCUUUUCAAAGUCAUAAUUUGAAUUACCGCUCGGGAAUGAUCCAGUCGUGGAAUAAGUUGUGCUUCAAAGGUGGUCGCAUAGAAGCUAGUAUUUCAUUACCGGGACGAGGAGAUUGGCCCGGUUUCUGGCCCGGUUUCUGGAGUAUGGGCAAUUUGGGAAGAGCAGGGUAUCAAGCUACCACGGAAGGGAUGUGGCCGUACAGCUAUUGGGAUAAAUGCGAUUACGGUAUUACGGCAAACCAGAGUUCAUCAGAUGGUAUCAGUUGGCUGCCUGGUAUGAAGUUGCCAGCUUGUACGUGCAAGGGAGAAAAUCACCCUUCAUCUGGUAGUUCUCGGUCGGCACCUGAAAUUGACGCAAUAGAAGCCAGUAUUGGGUUUUUGAAGGAAAACUGGGGAGCAGGUACGGGAGCCGCGUCUCAAUCAUACCAAAUUGCCCCCUUCGACAUAUUCUACAUGCCAGAUUACAAUUACGUUGAACUUUAUGAUAACGAACAGAGCUCUAUAAACUCCUACCGUGGUGGAAAUUAUCAACAGGCUAUGUCUUCGCUAACUUGGCUCAACAAUGACUGGUACGAUGGUAAUGGAUAUCAAACAUAUGGAUUCGAAUAUACCCCUGGAGCCACGGGGAAGAUCACAUGGUUCGUCGGUGAUCAGUACACUUGGAAAAUGGAUGGCCGGGCUUUGAGGCCAAAUGGAAAUAUUGGCCAACGAACGAUACCUGAGGAACCCAUGACGGUGAUCAUGAAUUUGGGAAUGGGUACCAGUUUCUCUGAAGUUAUGAUGCCUAACUUGAACACUUUGUUUCCUGCUACUAUGCGUUUCGAUUACCUCCGAAUAUAUCAACCAGAAGGAUCCGAAUCGGUCACUUGUGACCCUGAGGGAUAUCCCACCACCGAAUACAUCGCACAGUUUCCGAAGGCAUAUGACAACCAAAACCAUACUUCUUGGUCCGACGCGGGCUAUUCGUGGCCCAAAAAUUCUUUCGUCGAUACCUGCUAG